AUAUAUACCAGCGACUCAUAAUCAUAAUAAUUCUGAGAAUAAAUAAAAAUAAAUAUAUUCCACGUGCUUGAAGUGUCAUUUAGUGGAAUUUACUCAAAAUACUUGGAAAAAAUAACGUUAAUUAUUAAUCAUCAAGAUGGCUCGCAAGAAGAAAGUUUUUAUCGAAAGUAAAGAAGAGAGAAUGAUGUUGACUAUUCAGGAAGUAAUCCAGGAAUUGCUAGUGGCGCAUGACGAGCACCGGGAUGUUGAUCUGAAUAAAUUAAAAACCAGGAUAUCAUCCAAGUACGGUUUGGAGUCUUCACCGAGGCUGGUGGAUAUUAUUGCAGCAGUUCCUCUUGAUGCUAAGAAUAAAUUGCUUCCUAAAUUAAAAGCUAAGCCAAUCAGAACAGCCAGUGGUAUUGCAGUUGUCGCUGUAAUGUGUAAGCCCCACAGAUGUCCACACAUAAAUUUCACAGGUAACAUUUGUGUCUACUGUCCGGGAGGACCAGAUUCAGAUUUUGAAUAUUCAACUCAAUCUUACACUGGAUAUGAACCAACGUCUAUGAGAGCCAUUCGGGCUAGAUAUGAUCCAUUUUUACAGACUCGUCAUCGCGUUGAACAGCUGAAGCAAUUGGGCCACAGCGUCGACAAAGUUGAAUUUAUUGUAAUGGGCGGUACAUUUAUGUCUCUACCUGAAGAUUAUCGCGACUAUUUUAUCAGAAAUCUUCACGACGCGCUAUCUGGACAUAUAAGUAAUAAUGUUGAUGAAGCGGUCAGAUUUUCAGAACGAAGCAAGACUAAGUGCAUCGGCAUCACUAUUGAAACUCGACCGGAUUAUUGUUUGAAUAGACAUCUUUCUGAUAUGCUUCGUUAUGGAUGUACAAGAUUAGAAAUUGGAGUUCAAUCAGUCUUUGAAGAUGUUGCUCGUGACACCAAUCGUGGUCAUACAGUUAAAGCAGUCUGUGAGACAUUUAAUAUUGCUAAAGAUGCUGGAUAUAAAGUAAUUGCUCAUAUGAUGCCUGAUUUACCUAAUGUAGACAUUGAACGUGAUGUAGAACAAUUUAUUGAAUUUUUUGAAAAUCCAGCAUUUCGUGCUGAUGGUUUAAAAAUAUAUCCAACAUUGGUGAUCCGUGGUACAGGUCUCUAUGAAUUAUGGAAGACUGGUAGAUACAGAAGCUACCCACCCAGCACCUUGAUCGACUUGAUAGCAAGAAUAUUGGCGCUAAUACCGCCUUGGACUAGAGUAUAUCGAGUCCAGCGUGACAUACCAAUGCCUCUGGUGAGUUCAGGAGUCGAGCAUGGAAAUCUAAGAGAGCUUGCCCUGGCUCGAAUGAAAGAUUUUGGCACAGACUGCCGUGAUGUCAGGACUCGCGAAGUUGGAAUCCAGGAAAUCCACAACAAAGUCCAGCCUUAUGAAGUCGAGCUUAUACGCCGAGACUACGUGGCCAAUGAAGGAUGGGAGACAUUCCUGUCGUACGAAGAUCCGACUCAAGACAUCCUCGUCGGGUUGUUGAGGUUGAGGAAGUGUGGAGCCAAGACAUACCGCCCGGAACUCAAAGGCAAGUGUUCUAUCGUUCGAGAGCUUCAUGUUUAUGGUACGGUGGUUCCAAUCAGCGCGCGCGACCCUACUAAAUUUCAGCAUCAAGGGUUCGGAAUGCUGCUCAUGGAAGAAGCUGAAAGGAUUGCUAGGGAAGAACAUGGCUCACAUAAAAUUGCUGUGAUAUCAGGUGUUGGUACCAGAAAUUAUUAUCGAAAAAUUGGCUAUGAAUUGGAUGGUCCUUAUAUGUCUAAAAUUCUUGUAAAUAAUAAUUAAUAAUUAAUAAUCAAAAUAAUAAAAUUUAUUAUAAUC